GCGCUCUCUGUGCGGAUCUCCAGGCACAAGGAUGCCAUGCAGAAGCUGCUGUCAGACCCACGGCUGCUGGAGUUGCAGAGCAGCGGGGGGUCCCUGCUGGCUCAACUGCCCCCACCAGGGAGCUGCAGUGCGCAGGCCGCGAGGGCUGCCAGCUUGUAUCAGGAGGUGGACGAUGCCAUUCAUAGGCUGGUGCAGCUCAGCAAUCGGCGCCUGGGGCAGCUGGAGCAGGAGAGGGGCCGCCGGCAGAUGACACAGGCAGUGGGCUGGCUGGCUGACCAUGGGGAGCAGGCGUUGGCAGGAUUCACCCCCAUGGAGGUGGGGGAUUCGGUAUUGGCCGUGGAGGAGACGCUGGCGAAGUUUGAGGCUUUUCACACCCUCGCCAAGGAAUGGCUGGCCCGGGGGCAUGAGGCUUUGCAUCUGGUUGGUGACGGGGACCUGGCAGCUGAGAGGCAGCAGCUGGAGAGCUUCAAGCGCCGGCUGGAGAGCUGUGCGCACACCAUGCACAAUGCCCUGCGGCUGCACCGCUUCCUGCAGCAGACUCAGGACUGGGCCCUGGAGGGUGUCCGGCGCCUGUCGGCCAUUGAGGACGGCGCAAGGCCGGAGGUGGUGCUGGGGACGCUGGGCCGGUACUGCCAGCAGCAUGGCGAGAUCUCGGACAGCGCCUUCCAGGAGAUGCGUGGGCUGGCGGUGCAGAGUCCCUGGGCGCUGCGGGAGUUGGGGCGCUGUCGGGUUCGCUGCCAGGAGCUGGGGCGCCUCCUGCAGCGGCGGCUGGAGGUGGCAUUGCAGGCUGGACCCCCACCCCGCCGCCGGGCUGACAGCACCAGCGCCUCCUGCUCACCGCAGCGCCCAGUGAGGGGCCUGGGCACUGGCCUGGGCUCCUCCCGCAGCAUGAGCUGCCUGCUGCCACCGCCCGGCAGCCUCUCCCCUAGCCUGUGUGAGGUUCCCUCUUGCCACUCACUAGCGUCCCCCAGGGGCCCCAUGGAGAAUAGCGAUGAAGAACGGAGCCCCCCUCCCAGCAGCACCCCCACCUCUGCCUUCUUCCAGGCACCCACGCUGCCUCUGGGCACACUGCCCCCUUGCCAGCCUCCUGCAAAGGGUCCCCCCAGCACGCAGAGGGCACUGAGCGAGCCCGGCCCUCCCCGUCCCAGCGUCCUCAUUCGCGGGCUGGAAGUGAGCAGCCAGGAGGUAGUGGACAGGACCUGCUCGCCCCGGGAGCACGUGAUGCUGGUUCGCAGCAGCGCCCAGAGAGCCGAGGCGCCGUGGGGGGGCACGCCCAGCACUGAGCGGAAACGCCGCCUGGGCGCCCAGCAGCGGCUGGUGGCAGAGCUGAUCGCCUCGGAGCAGAAGUAUCUGGGCUGCCUGGCUGAGUUGCUGCCCCUGGAGUCGGGGUGCCAGGAGCUACCCCCCGAGCUGAAAUGCGAGUGCAGUGCCUUGGAGGGCACCCGCGACCGGCUGCUGGGCUUCCACCGCACCUACUUCCUGAAGGAGCUGCAGGGCUGCGCCAGCCACCCCCUCCGUGCAGGGGGCUGCUUCCUGCGAUAUGCGGACCAGUUCAGUCUCUAUGCCCUCUACGUGAAGAACCGGCAGAAGCUCGAUGCAGCACUGGCCUCUCAGCAAGCUGCCAACAAGACAGCACACAGCAGCCUAGAAGGUCCCUGGGAGGAUACAGCGCUGGCAAGUGCCCUGCAGAGGCCCCUGGAGCAGCUGGAGCGCUAUGGGCACUUUCUGGAGGAGCUGCUGCAGGAGACGGACCUGGAGCAGGCGCCGGAGCGCGAGGCCUUGCGGGCAGCGCAGCAGCUGCUGGAGUCCCAGGUGCAGCACGGCAGGAACCUGCUGGCCAUGGAGCAGAUCCGGGGCUGUGAGCUGGAGCUGAAGGCGCAGGGGCAGCUGCUGCACCGGGACGAGUUCACCGUGCUGCGUGGGCGCCGCAAGUGCCAUCGACACGUCUUCCUCUUCGAGCAGCUGCUGCUCUUCAGCAAGCGCAAGGGCACCGAGGGCGGCUUGGACGUCUACGUCUACAAGCAGGCCUACAAGACAGCAGAUAUGGGGCUGACGGAGAACAUCGGGGAGAGCGGGCUGCGAUUCGAGCUCUGGUUCAGGCGUCGCAAGCUGCGUGAGGCCUACACGCUGCAGGCCUCCUCACCCGAGGUGAAGCACAAAUGGACCAGUGCCGUGGCCCAGCUGCUGUGGAGGCAGGCCACGCUCAGCAAGGAACUGCGCACGCAGGAGAUGGUCUCCAUGGGCAUCGGGGACAAGCCCUUUGUCAGCAUCCAGGGCCCUAGCCAGGCCCUGCUGAGCAGCCUGCUCACAGGCAGAGCCGCCCGCACCCGUGCCUCGGUGGCUCUCUCUUCCUUCAGCCCCUGGGCUGGGGCCCCAUGCUCCCCGCCGGCUGCCACGUCAUCCCCCCGCCCUGGCCCUGCCCCCCUGGGCCUGUUCUGCGAUGCCAGCCCUGUGCCCCCUGCUGCAGGGCGCUCCCCCGGGGCCUGCUCGCUGCCAGGGCACCUGGAGGAGGAGGAGUGGGAGCUGGAUGUCAAGCACAUCCCCCGUGCGUCCGAGACAGCCGCUGGCUCAGGAGCUACUCCGGCUCUGGGGGAGCCGUCCCCCAGGGGGGCAGAGUCGCUAGGGGGUUCUGCCCCAGUGCAGCGCCGGUCGAGAGACGGCCACGCCCCCCCCAACCUGGCGACCCAGCUCUGACCCUGGCACCGAGGUACAGCGGCUGGGACACCCCCCAGGUGCCCAUCAGUCUGUGUGUCCGUCUGCCCUGCUUCAGGACACGGGCGGGGCGCCCACCCCUCCCACACUGCCUCUGUCCGUCUGUCUAGUCCCCCUCCCCCACUCUGUGUCCGUCUGCCCCCCCUGUGUCCCCAUUGUGUCUGUUCGCCCCCCACUGUCGCUGUCUGUCCGCCCCUCCCUGUGUGUCUGUCCGCCCCUCCCCCGGCACUCACCCCGUUCUCUCUCUCCCCCAGAGCUGGGUCUGGAGCCUGCACAGGAAGCUGUUUGCCUCACGUGGUCGCGUGGGGCAGGAUCGGAGCCCUGGGGCCACCAGGAAUAGGACAGUCUGAGUCCCUGGCAGACCCCUGGCACCACACCCCACAGGCUUUUCCCCAUGGAUCCUCCCCUCCCCACCCACUGCAUGGAGCCACCAGACAACCCACAGCCACUGCCCCAUGGGUCCUCCCCUCACCCUUCAUGGGACUACUAGGACCCUGUAGCUACCAUGUGGGCUGGGGGAUGGGUAUCAGUGGAGGGCGCAGCGCCCCAUGGCCUGGGUGGGGAAGGACAGUGAUGGUGUGGGCAGGAAACCCAUCUGGCCUGGGCGUCAGAGCAGCGGGGCUGGCAUGGGGCUAGAGGGGCAGUGAGAGCUGCACCCUGAGUCCGGCAAGGGACUGAAUAGCAUGAGGACCCCCCUCAUGGACCCUGAGUGUGCCGCACAUUCACCCAGCCCUACGCGCACAUGCAGAGCAAAGCCCCCAUGAGGAUUGCCAUUCACGUGCAUACUGAUCCCUUUUUCACCCAGCUGUGCACACACUGAUCCCUGUCUCAUCCAGUGGUGAUUCCACGUGCCACAACCCUUCACGUGCACACGCCCACGCACACACUGAUCCCUGUCUCACCCAGCCAUGCCUCCACGUGCACACGCCCACGCACACACUGAUUCCUGCCUCACCCAGCCAUGCUGCCAUAUGCAAUGGUCCCUUCACGUGCUCACGCCCACACUGAUCCCUGUCACACCCAGCGGUGACUCCACGUGCAACGACCCCUUCAUGUGCACACACCCACGCACACACUGAUUCCCGUCUCACCCAGCCGUGCCUUCACGUGCACACGCCCACGCUCACACUGAUCCCUGUCUCAUCCAGCCAUUCCUCCAUGUGCCACAACCCCUUCAUGUGCCCACGCACACACUGAUCCCUGUCUCACCCAGCUGUGCCUCCAUGUGCCACAGCCCUUCACGUGCACACGCCCACGCACACACUGAUCCCUGCCUCACCCAGCCAUGCUGCCAUAUGCAAUGGUCCCUUCACGUGCUAACGUCCACACUGAUCCCUGUCUCACCCAGCCGUUCCUCAACCCCUUCACAUGCCCAUGCACACACUGAUCCCUGUCUCACCCAGCCGUGCCUCCAUGUGCAACGACCCCUUCACAUGCACACACCCACGCACACACUGAUCCCUGUCACCCAGCCGUGACUCCACGUGCAACGACCCCUUCAUGUGCACAUGCCCACGCACACACUGAUCCCUGUCUCACCCAGCCGUGCCUCCACCUGCCACAACCUUUCAUGUGCAAACAUCCAUGUGCACACUGAUCCCUGCCUCACCUAGCCAUGCUGCCAUGUGCAAUGACCCCUUCACAUGCACACGCCCAUGCACACACUGAUCCCUGCCUCACCCAGCUGUCUGCCCAUGUAAUGACCUCUCCAUACAACCACACUGAUCCCUGUCUCACCCUGCCGUGCCUCCAUGUGUAACAACCCCUUCACAUGCACACGCCCACACACACACUGAUCCUUGUCUCACCUAGCCAUGCCUCCACGUGCAACAACCCAUUCACAUGCCCACGCCUACGCACACACUGAUCCCUGUCUCACCCACACUUGACUCUAUGUGCAGUGGUCCCUUCACAUGCCCACGCCCACACUGAUCCCUGUCACCCAGCCGUGCCUCCACGUGCUAUGACCCCUUCACAUGCACACACCCACGCACCCACUGAUCGCUGUCUCACCCAGCGAUGCCUGCCCGUGUAAUGACCUCUCCAUACAACCACACUGAUCCCUGUCUCACCCAGCUGUACCUGUACGUGUAACGACUCAUCCACACGCACAUGCACACCGACUGCAUGGAGUAGUGUGCUGAGAUCUCGGUGUCACUCAGCCAUGUCUGCCCAUGAAAUGAUCCCGCCACGUGCACACGCACGCACAUGGGCCCCUUUUGCAUCCACAGGCCAGUCUGCACAUGUCCAUUCGUGCUCCUGGGUCGACCCGCACCCACACACACCUGUGUGUGUGCCUGUUCCACUCCCCUCCUGGAGAAGCUGCAGCCACCAGGGUUACUGCAAGGCAGCCACAAGGACACUGGGGUGGCCCAGCCCCAUCAGCCAGGGGCAGGAGCAUCCUGGGAAGUCUUUGUGUGGCAGACUGGAGCAUCAUAGGACAUUCCCUGCUGGGGAGAUUGGAGAACUGUGGGAAAUUCAGUGGCUGGUGGACUGGAGCAUUGUGAGACACUGUGCUGGAAGCGACUGGAGGAUCAUGGGAAAUUUUGUGCUUGGUGGACUCGAGCAUCCUGAGACAUUCCCUCCUGGGGAUACUGGAGCAUCAUUGGACAUUCUGUGCUGGGGGACUAGAGCAUUGUGGGAAAUUCUCUGCCUGACAGACUGGAGCAUCAUGGGGAUUCAGCUCUUUGGGUUGGAGCUUUAUACAAGUACUAAGGAGUAUAUAAUAUACAAUAUAUUUACUGAGGGAGCUGGGCCGGCAGGAGUGGGGGCUGCGGCUGCCAGGGAAGCAGGAGCCUGUGGGGCCAGGCCUAGGAGUGAGAGGUGGACUGGAAGGCUGCUGCCUCAUGCCCUCAGGACCUGGCACUGAGGCCUCCCCAUGACUGUGGAGACUGCUGGGGUGCCUGCAUUUGGAGCCAGGAAGCCGUUCACCGUACAGACUCCCGGCCAUUUAUAUCCUGCAUAUUAAUAAAGCCGUGCCGGCA